GGAAAUGGCUUUCUUUCAUGGGGGAUAUGUUUCUGGUCCGUUACAGGGAUCAUAACCAUACUCAGCCAUUGGGCUUAACUUGAGCCCAAAAACAGGGUAAGCAAAACUUGCUUAUUCCUCCACUCCGUCGACACUCUGGUUGGUUGUUCGCUUUGGAAAACAAAAGAAAAAUGUAUCGAAGUCGAUUGCUUUGGUUUACGCUGGGGUUCUCACUCACGGCUGCUUCAAUCUCUCAAUUCAUCUAUAAAGACCUCUGGACUGACCGUUAUGCGCUUAAAUCUGAUAUGAAGCAGAAAUUUGAUUCACUAGAGGCCAGAGUGUUGAGUCUUGAAUCGCUUCCUCCGGAGAACCCAAAUUCUGCUCAGGCUGAAGGGGAUUAAUCAUGCUGGACGCAUCCUUAACAGCACCAGCCAUGAACUUUGGGAGAGUUCAGUGAACAGACUGAAGUCUAAAUAAGCAGGAUGGCUGCUAGAAACCUUUUGAGUCUUAAGCCUAUUUCCGUCUCUAUCAUUUGAGCCAUGCCAAGAAUGCAACCCUGGACAGUUUAUUGCUUGAUUUAUGAUUUAUUGUACAAAUUGGGAAAGGGUUGGCAGAAAAGCUAAGCCCAUCACUCUGAAAUAUCUGCUAAGACAAUUGCCAGGAAGGGUAUAUUGCAGUAGAUAACAACCAAUCCACCCCACUCUUA